CGCAGUUGCCAACGCUCGGCGCUCUUUUUCCCGACAUGGGCGCAGUUGGUUGCAAGGAAGGAUUUUUUUGACAGGAGCCGAUUUGGAAUUUUCUCUGUUUUCGGCCGAAGAUUUUGCCUUGUGCGGUAGACGGGGCUCGGAUACGCAGGCGUACAACUCAUCUUCCGCCUUUCUUUAUUUUUUUUGAGACAGUUAUUUUGGAAGAAGAGGAAAAAAAAGGCAAAAUUUAUAACCCGUGCAUUUGUUUUUUUUAAAUUUGAGAAACAGCAGAUUUAUAAAUAGAUGGACGUGUGUUUUUUUGUUUAAAGUUGAGUGUAAUUAAUUUUUUUUUUUGCUUUUCGUCGCUGGCUGUAGGAAUGGAGAUGAAAUACAAAGAGUGGAUUCUGGAGACCAUCGACUCUCUGCGGUCCCGCAAAGCCCGGCCCGAUGUGGAGCGGAUCUGCCGGAUGAUCGAGCGCAGACACGGGCUCUCGCCGGCCGAGACGGAGCAGCAGCUGGACAAGCUGGUGCGGGCCGAGCUGGUGGUCAAAGUGGCGUACAAGGGUUCCAACAGUUACCGCAACGCUGCUAAGUGGUACAAGAGCAAAGCCAGGAAGGGGCCGGAGGGCGGCGGCGCUGGGCUCCCUCACCAGCCGCCGGACACCGGGCGACGGCCGCUGGCCAGCAGGAAAGUCGGCAACGGGAGGCUGCAGGUCGCGCUGAAGCGAGAGCUGAGCCGCGGCAGAGUCCUGCACGCCGGCUCCCCGCAGCCGCAAGUCAAGGCAGACAGUGAAAAAGUCUCAGGCGGGUCUCCCCGGGCUCUGCUCACUCACAAGGGCUAUGCCAGGAUUCGCAAGGAGAGAGCGUUUGAGGCGGACGCCCGUUUAGUGAACCCGGCGACUACUGACGACGCUCUGGACGGGUGUAUGGAACCAGAACUGACGGAGAUUGAAGAGCGCGCCAGUCUAGAUUUGGAGCAAGAUGCCUCUGAGAUGGAAUCGGUGGGGCACUCUUCGAUGGACAACUUCCCCAAGGUCCCUGACUCCACACACUCUUCUGAAUCGUCAGAACUCUUGAAUUGUGACGCGUAUAAGAAGUCUCGUGGUUUGAACGGACAUGCUCAAGAUGUGCCGGGAGAUUCUGCAGUUCUGGAAGUGCGAGGGGCCUCCUGCCUCCCAACGCCGUCUGCAUCCCCCGUCGAGAUGAAGACUUUUGAGACCAGCUCCUUGGGCACUGAGAGCCCAACAGAAAACACUCGGCUGGAUCCUGUGGAGUGGACAAUCUUAGAUGUUUUCAAUUACUUCAAGAAAGCUGGCUUUGAAGACCAGGCUGCAGCCUUUCAGGAACAGGAAAUCGACGGCAAGUCCCUGCUUCUAAUGAAAAGGAGCGAUGUUCUAACAGGACUGUCAAUCAAGCUGGGCCCUGCCCUGAAGAUCUACGAGUUCCACGUGAAAGCCUUGCAGAUGAGUCACUUAAAAGGCAGCUCCUCGGAGUGUUAAAGGAGGCCGGCGAGUUCUGUGGAGCAGAUGGUGCGUUGGGGUCAAAGCUGCCCACCGUUUUCCCAUUCCCCUCUCCUUCCCCCAACAACACCCCUCCCGGUUGCAUGUAGGAUUUUGGCUGUUCAAUAGUGUGGAUUGUGUGUUGUAGAAACUUGUUGGUCUGCUGUUUGAACUCUAUCCCCUCGAGAUAUGCAGGCCCAUUACUGUGACCUGGAACCUCUCCUCCGUUUUUGUGAGCAGUUGUGUUUUGCCUUCCCCAUGUUGAGUAAACGUAUUUACUUUGUGUACGUGACUGCCAUCUGAGCUGUUGCAUCUUGGAAACCCAUGACCAUGGUGACACAAUUCCAGCACUAACGUGUUGCUUAACUGUGGAUAUUUACCCCAGGAGCUUCUUCGAAAAGACACUGCUGUAUUUGUAUAAAAUAUAUCAUUUUAUAUUCUAUUAAUUUGGUGCAAAUGGAUUGUUGAGGGGGUCCUCUGUGGUGUUCCAAUUUCAUAUUGAGCUGUCAGUGUCACCGUUGGGAGGUUUUCAACCUGACGAUGCCUAUCCGAAUGUAGUCUUGUUGGGUGAGGAGGGACCACCUGAAUCUUGGAAUGGGACGGACUGUUCUAAACGUCUUUGGGCACCUGACGUUCCUUUCCUAACGGAGAGCCCCUGGGAGGGAGCGCACAGACUUCCCAGGUAUUCCAGGUACAUCUGCUGCUUGGAUAAAAUCAGACAGAAGAGGUGUCCUGUUUCCCCCUCCAGACCUGCUCGGGGGAGGUUUGCGCAUCAGGCUGAUAUGGUUCUGUGGGUGGAAGUGAAGGUUGUGAGAGACCGAGGGGAGGUAAAGGAUUUUUGCCAUUCACAAGCCACUGUUGUCAUGUCGCACGUGAGAUAAGUUGUGUGUGAUUGAUAUAGCAGCCCUCCGUUGGGUCUUCUUGGCAGAGUCAGCACCCCUUCUCUUUCUAGGAGUCUGGCAAUGGCAACACCACACCAGCCAAUGAGAUGGGCUUAAGCUGGGGCCUAUGCCUCACAUCAAACAGUCAAUUUACUUGAAGUUUAUUUAAACAGAAACUACAGCAACCUCUCCCAGUAAAAGCAGGAUAAUUCCACCAGGAAGAGACGAGUUACCUACAGAUUACGUGAAUCCCAGGCACUUACAGCAGUGUUACUGGAACUGAUUGACAGGGGAAAUUACCCAAUCAUCUCUACUCUGGAUAUAGCUUUAUCACAAGUUGUGGCUGGAAUUUAAACCGCUGUUCUUGUGUCAGCAUAUACGAUGAGUGUCAAUGAUAUUUGGUUUAUUUAUCUUCCAGGACUAGGAGGGGUUUUGACCUGAGCCAACUACAAUUCCUUCCCCCCCACAGAUGCUGCUCGACCCGCUGAGUUCCUCCAGCAGAUAGUUUGUUGCUCCACAUUCCAGCAUCUGCUGUCUCUUGUGUCUUCACUAAAGAAUCUUCACCAUUUGGUGUUCCCAGACUCCGAGAAGUGAUGGUCUUGACGACUUUGGAAAGUGCUGUUGCCUAGACUUGACGACUUGUGUUGGUGUAUGUAGAGCCACACACAGUAACACCCUUGCCUGCAGUUCUGGGCGAGAGUUUCUCCUUGCUGUAGCUCAUUACAAAAGACGGCAUCUUUGGAUCUGAUUGUUCCAAGUGCUCUGCAGUGGAGGCUGAGGGGAAGGAAAGGAUAGCAGGCACUAUAGCAACGCAAGCAAAGGAGAGUGAGCCCUGGUUUCUUUAGUGCUCCCCCAGACAGCCAGCUUGGGUCUGUUGAAUGUCCGCUGAUAACCUACUGAGAUCGUAAACUUGUGGCGCAAUGAUCAUGUAUGUUACAGUGUGGGGUAUUCUCACACACAGACAAAACAAAGUCUCUUGUUAAACCCUUGAUUCUGUGACCCGAUGCUGUGUGUGGGGUAGAACCCCCAGCUUUUAAAUUAGCAAUAAAUGUUUGGUGGUGUUGUAAUAUAGGCUGCAGCUGAACCAGUCUGCCUUCAGUCAUGGUCAUCUGGCAGAGUGAACAUAGAAGAGUACAGCACAGAACAGGCCCUUCGGCCCACAAUGUUUUGCUGACAUAGCUAAUCCCUCCUACCUACAGAAUGCCCACAUCCCUCCAUUUUCCUCUCAUUCAUGUGCCCAUCCAAGCCUCUCUUAAAAAGCCCCCAAUGAAUUUGCCUCCAUCACCCUAUCAGGCAACGCAUUCCAGGCAUCCACCACUCUCUCAGUAAAAAAUCUUGCCCCCCACGUCUCUUCUGAACCUACCCCCCUCACCUUAAAUGCAUGCCCUCUGGUAUUGGAUCACUCAAUAACGGGAAAAAGAUAUUGCUUGUCCACCCUAUCUAUGCCCCUCAUAAUGUUAUACACCUCCGACAUCACCCCUCAGCCUUCGCCGCUCCAGAGAAAAGAGCCCAAGUUUGCCCAGCCUCUCUUGAUUUAAUUUCUGAAGGAGAGACUCUCA